GGGGGGAGUAUUGUUGUGGGUGACGUCACGGGCGGAGGAUGCGAGAGCCCCAUUGGCUCGGGCCGGGCGGCCGUGCGCUCGGCUCUUAAAGGGCGACGGGAGCGCGGGCCGCGCCGGCCGGGCGGGGCCCAUGGCGAGCACUAGCAGCCACCUGUAUGAUGCUGUUCCAAUCCAGUCUAGUGUGGUGUUAUGCUCCUGUCCAUCCCCAUCAAUGGUGAGAAGCCAAGCAGAUUCCAGCACUCCAUCUGUCAUUUCCACCUGUGGCAGCAGACAGGGAUCAAACAUGGAGAGCACUGCAGCUGAAUCAAGAUCUAGUUCAAACUCCUUGCAGCAGCAUACAGGACAGCAGCCUCCACAGCCUCGAAAGAAACGACCCGAUGACUUCAAAUUUGGGAAAAUUCUGGGUGAAGGAUCUUUUUCGACGGUUGUCUUGGCUCGAGAAUUGGCAAGUUCUAGAGAAUACGCCAUUAAAAUUCUAGAAAAACGUCAUAUCAUAAAAGAAAACAAGGUGCCAUAUGUGACACGAGAGAGAGAUGUAAUGUCCCGCCUGGAUCACCCUUUUUUUGUGAAACUCUACUUCACCUUUCAAGAUGAUGAAAAACUAUAUUUUGGGCUUAGCUAUGCCAAAAAUGGCGAGCUGCUAAAGUAUAUACGCAAAAUUGGCUCAUUUGAUGAGACCUGUACCAGGUUUUAUACUGCUGAAAUUGUAUCAGCCUUGGAGUAUUUGCAUGGGAAAGGAAUUAUUCACAGGGAUCUUAAACCAGAGAACAUCUUGCUAAAUGAAGAUAUGCACAUUCAAAUAACAGACUUUGGAACAGCAAAAGUAUUAUCUGCUGACAGCAGGCAAGCACGGGCAAAUUCAUUUGUAGGGACAGCACAGUAUGUUUCUCCAGAGCUGCUGACAGAGAAAUCUGCCUGUAAAAGCUCUGACCUUUGGGCUCUGGGAUGUAUAAUAUAUCAGCUUGUAGCUGGAUUGCCUCCAUUCAGAGCUGGGAAUGAGUAUCUGAUAUUCCAGAAGAUAAUAAAGUUGGAAUAUGACUUUCCAGAAAAAUUUUUUCCCAAGGCAAAAGACCUUGUAGAAAAGCUAUUGGUUCUAGAUGCUACCAAAAGAUUAGGCUGUGAAGAAAUGGGAGGAUAUGGACCUCUUAAGGCUCACCCCUUCUUUGAAUCUAUUGUGUGGGAGAACCUACACCUUCAGACACCCCCAAAACUUACAGCGUACUUACCUGCCAUGUCAGAGGAUGAUGAAGACUGUUAUGGAAAUUAUGACAAUCUCCUCAGUCAGUUUGGUUGCAUGCAAGUUUCUGGUUCUGCCUCUUCCCAUUCACUGUCUGCCCCAGAGACGAGUACCCCACAGACAUCAGGAGGCAAUAUUGAACAGUAUAUUCAUGAUCUUGACAACAAUUCCUUUGAGUUGGAUUUACAGUUUUCUGAAGAUGAAAAGAGGUUACUUCUGGCAAAACAAGCUGGUGGAAAUCCUUGGCAUCAGUUUGUAGAAAAUAACUUAAUUCUAAAAAUGGGCCCAGUGGACAAAAGAAAGGGAUUGUUUGCACGUCGACGCCAAUUGCUCCUCACAGAAGGGCCCCACCUGUAUUAUGUGGAUCCUGUCAACAAAGUUCUAAAAGGAGAAAUACCGUGGUCUUUGGAGUUACGUCCAGAAGCCAAGAAUUUUAAGACUUUUUUUGUUCACACACCAAACAGGACAUACUACCUGAUGGACCCAAGUGGAAAUGCUCAUAAAUGGUGCAAAAAGAUACAUGAAGUGUGGCGGCACAGAUAUCACCAGAAUGCUGCAAAAUAGUAAAGCUCAUCCAAAAUUUCCCAGUUUUCCUUCUUGCUGCUAGAACUCGACGUGCAGCCUAUCAGAGGAAUCUUUCCAACCCAUCUAUUACCAUCUCAAGGGGAAGCAUAUGUCUGAAAUGUUCUGUUUUUUAAAAAAAGAAAAAGGAAAAAAAAAAAAGGCUAAAACCGAAUGGAAUUCAGGGUCGCUUUGCUCGCUCUUUGUGCUUCUGUUGAGGCUUCCACAUGCGUAUCAUUGCAGUGAAGAUCUUGCUUUUGUGCCCUUCAGCUCAAUUUCUGCAGCAGACUAGUGGAUAGACCUUGUAAUACCAGCUACAUUUAAGAUGAGUUAAAACCAAUCCACGCGCACAUGCCCCAAGUCAUGUACCAGCGUUACAUUUUAUGGGGCUCGAGUUUUUCUGUGACUUUCACAUUAUUAUUUGAUCUGUAUUUCAUCAGGGAGCUUUUAUAUGCCUCUCCUAAGCACCACCUCUGUUUUAUUUUCCUUUCUUCACAGUCCUUGAGCAUAUUGGUAUAUGGCAUUUGUAGCCAGGUCAGUUGCACCCUUGUGUAAUUCUUAAUAUAGUUCUGGUUACAGGAUUUAUGUGGUACUUAAAUAAUUAUGUGAAUGAAUCAGAUGUGUGUGUCUGGCAGACAGGCUCCAAUGACAGAGGUUGUGAGAGUAAAAUGCUGAACAUGGCACUGAAAAUUUUCUUAAAUUGAAAUGUUGGCUUCUGAAGCAUAUGAAGUUUUAAACAUUCAGUUUAAAUUUUAAUAUGAAUCAUGUGUGCUUAAUCAAGAGACAAUAAACUUACCAGCAUGCUUUUAACUAAUACUAACUAAAAAAAAAAUAGUUAGUAUGGAGGAAAAAAAACAACAACAAUGUUACUGUUGAAGUAGUAAAUAGUUUUUCUCCUUUCCAGGGGAUGAGAGCUAGUAGCUUUCUUUGCAGGGUGUACAUGUUUUGUGUGGGGCCAACCUAUUUACCUGGAUGGAGAAGAAAGUGUGAAAGCUUUGUACAACUGAUUAUUUUGUUUCUUUGUAUAAUGAGGUGUACAAAUAAUCUUAAUUUUGGUCUUUGGCCAAAUAUUUCAGAACUUUUAGCAACUCCAAAAAAUAAAAAAUAAACUCAGCCAUUUAAACAUUAGAUCCAUACUGUAAUCUGGUUUAAAAAUUCAACAAAAUGUUGAUACAAUGGGGAAAAUAUAUGGUACUUGAGGCAUAUUUAUAAAAUGAAAAUAUUUUUUCAUAUCAGUCUCUUUUAUUCUUUUCAAAUUAAUGUGUUUUUUUUUGUGGUCAAACAUUUCUUGCAAUGUUACAAAGACUUUAUGUGCUAAAAACAACUUCCCUGUUUUCAACAUACCUGUGUUCCUGAACCUUGCAGAGAGGCAUGACCUAGGUCUGGACAAAGGCAUUUCUUUCUUGUUUUAAAAGUGGUAUAAACAUCACACCUAUUUAUUCACCUUCUACACAUACCAUCUUUUUGUAUGUUGAGGUCUCUAUGAUGUGCUUUUUUUUCGAUCAAGGAAAGAAAUGUUCCACUGUAAUGUUGAAAAAACUAAUGAGCUACUGUUCUAAAAGCAAUGUUUUAAAUGCAGUGGCUUAUCAAGCUGUCUCAUAAAAUACAUGAAUAUUGAUGUUUUUCAUUAUUUUUGAUGUUGUACUGGGUGAGGGAGAUGUAUCAUUGCUCUUUAAAAAAAAAAAGAAAGUAUUAUGUGGUUGAAAUUCGUGACAGUUCAGUUCUUCCAGCGUUUUUUAGCAUUUAUAGGAGAGAGUGCAGUUGCCUUUUCUUUUGUAGUAACUAUACUCUUCGUCUUCUAUUAUCCCAUCACAUACCCAUGCAUGACAAAAUUAAAUAAUUAGCUUACAGUGCAUGGUGUUAAGGGAACUAAGGUGUCCUGCAGCUGGCUGAGAAGACCAAAACAACACUGUUCCCUUUGCAUAAGGAAUUUCACCAUAUAGAAGGUAUACUCCUUGUCACUGAGAUUUGAAUAGCAUAGUAUUAUGCCUUUGAUUUGUGCCUGUAAUUAAUCCAAUAUUAGCUCUCUUAAGUGAGAUGGUAAUUGUGAGUUUGCAGUGGUACCCAGUCACUCUGUAGCUGUCAAAUUCCAGCUGUAUGUUGGGUCCACUUGAGGAAACUGUAAAGCUUUUGGAUUUAGUCUUUAGUAUAGAGAUGUAGACAUGUUCCUAACUUCAAACAAAUGGAGUCUGGCAGUGAUGGAGCUUCAUGGUACUGCUGCUGAUUUUUAUAACAAAACUUAGCCUCUUACUUGUUUUUAAAAAAAGUCUUGCAAAAUUUGUUCUGCUAAUAGCAAAUUCCUUAGCUUCAGUAUGAGCUAAUGAUCUCCAUUGGCUUCUUCACUCUAGCUGACUAGGUGGAAAUCUAGGAAUGCUUAAACAUACAUUCUAUAACAAUUAAACAUGCAGUCAUCUUGCCAUUAAAAAAAAAUAUAUAUAUAUUUUUCACAUCUUGAAAAUCUUAUAUCAGUGUCCUUCAUUCCUGCCUACUAAAACCUUUCAGCCAAAGAAAUAUUGGUAACAGUAAGCUGUAAAAGUCAAUCUGUAAGACUGAUGCCUGCAUUCCAGUAUUCCAUCAUUCCAGUAUUCAUUUUUUCUUUUGACAAGGCUGUCAUUAGACAACUGUGAGCCUCUUAGAGGAAACCCUCCCCUCAGAACUUUUGUGUUCCAAAUCAAGUAUUCCUUAGCCACUGCUUUUUGGGGGAGGGAACCAGAAAUUUUCUGGAAUUGGUAUUUGUCUCUCUUAUACUUUAAGUGAAAUCUGUGGUUUUGAAAGGAAAAAAAAAAAAAGGCAAUUGUGGAUUUAAGUAUACUUUACCAAUUUGUCCACUUAAAUGCAUGUUGGAAGGUGCUACGUAUUACGAAGGGCUGUUUCCUGUUUUAGAUGUAUAUACCAAGGUAGCUUAAAAUCUUUGUCUUGAAGAUUACUCCUAUGGUUCGUGGGAGUUCAUGGAAUGAAAUGUACAAGGGAGAUUCUUCAGAGCUGCAAAUAAGCCAGUUGCUUUCACUGCUCUGUAUCCAAGGUCUUUCAGAGGUGGUCAUUCUAAGACUCUUCUUGACUCCUUGCUACAAACCUACUAAAAACCAGAUUUGUUUGGGUUCUGUCCCUUGUAUUUUGAAUGACUACCAGUCAUUUAUAAAGAUUCUGGUCAGUAGUGUAAUUUCUUUUGAUUGGGAUUUGAAAUUCAGGAAAGUCUUUAUUCUAUUUUCUAUUGUGUGGCACUUAAGGCUGCAGUACCACUACUAGAAAGGAUUUUUGAAUUACGCUAUUCAGUGUCCUGCCCAGUCACAGAAUGUUGAAAAUUACUUUGAUAAACUGGAGAGAUGGCUUGAUUAGGGUUGGCCUUAUAGCCUGUUUUUUAGGAUUUAUGUUAACAAAGUCUUGCCUUAGAUGUUAUGUUGAAACAUUGUGAGCAGACUGAUACCAGCUAUUAGUAUCUCAUUUGCUAAGUGCUAGAUGCUGAACGCAUCAACAUAUCAGAUAGUACUGUGCUCCACUUAUUUUUCCUCUGUCUAGCAUGAUUUAAUUGUGAAGCAUCUGCUAUCUAUAAUUACAGGAAAAAAAUGUAGGUUGAAACAAUGAUAUGAUAAUUCUAAUCUACUUUCAUAGUAUGAGAUGCUUGAUUUAGUAUCUUUGAAAUCAUUACAUUGUGUUGAAAAUCCCCAGGAUUAAAGUUUUUUUUAAAAAAAAUAUUUAAUUUACAUGUAGGAAUGAUUUAGUAAAGUCAACAUAAUUGCUUAAUUUGGCCUGUGGACCAAAAAAUAAAAAAAUUCAGCAAGCUGUUGAAGAAAUCACUUGUGUGGCAUAGUUACCUAAAGAUAUAGUGUGUGGAUUGUGAUAACUAUUUCUACUAUGGAAAUACGUGAAUAGGUGUGGUAUUUAUAUCUGAAGUUUUGCUGAAUGCCUGUAAUAAUUUAUGCAAAUAUUUUAUUAAUGAAGGGUAAGUGCUCCUGCAAAGCUUCAUGAUACAGAUUGUGUGUUGGUUGAUCAAAUGGAUUUACAGACAAGUAAUUCUCCAUUCCAGAUUGUCAUCUUUUCAGUUAAGACAAAUUCAGAAAUUUGUUUCCUCCUUUUUAAAAGUAAUAUGACCUUUUAUUUAGCAAACAAUUCAAGAAGUUCUUAAGCACCCAAUAAGCUGGUCUGUCUGUUGGUGUGGCAGUGAAUGUAAUGGUUGCCAUUUACAAAGCUUCCUAAGACCUUGUACUAACUCUGAUUGAAUGUGGCAUAUGUUCUAAAUUGUGGCAGAGUUUACAAUUACUGUAUCUGACAAAAAGAAAAAAAUAGGAAUCAGGAACCAUAAUCUGUUUUGAUAGUUGUAUGCUAGCUGUUCUUCAGGUUGGUGGCAGUCAGUUGUGUGUACUAUUCUCUACCUGGUUUGUAGCUGUAACUGUGAUGUACAGAUAAAGGAAAAAAAAAGAACAACAAACACCCUCCCCUCCCCCCAGCAAUCCCCCCUUCUCCAAGAACUUAUUAAAACAGAAGCAAAUAAUGCAAUGAUAUGAUACACACUUUUUUUUUUUUUGUAUUUUUAUUCUUAUAAGGUUAUUUGCUGGCUUUUGUUGGCCUCUAGUUCAGUCUGUGUUAUUUAAAUUCUAAUAUAUGAGUUAUUUGGAUUGAAUUCAUGUUCGGGGCCAUGGUGUUGUAUGUAUUGAUGUACAGCCUUGAAUGUGAAUAAUUAUUGUAAACUAUAUUUUACACCUUUUUUCUGGCUUUAUUAUAUAAAUUUUCUAUUGGUCGAUGAUUUAAUCAUAUCUCAUAAUUUAAUAACUGCUUAUUCUCCUUCGGACAGAUAUCCGUGCUGUAGAUGUGUAGCUAGUGACCGGAUGAUGGAUUUCACUUAUGCUUGGUAGUCUGUAAUAAAGGCAUGUAGGGUCCUG